ACGAAGCGGAGAGAGAAAGGGGAUAUUGAUUCGUGUUUACUACAAUGUUUUCCUGAUGAUUUGAGAGAUGUGAAUAAAGGGCCUUUCAAUAAGGCUUUUCGGAUGCAUAGAGAGAGUGAAGAUUACAGUUUGGAAACAAUCGCGAAAUGGGAGGAGGGUUUGAAGCAAGUUGCAGAGAUAUGGGGGCCAAGAUCUAAGGAUUAUAGCAGGAAAGAGGACCUUGUAAGUGCCCUCGUUGCAGAUGUGGUUAGAAGAGUGAAGAGUGUGGACAUGGAAGUUGCUAAAUACCCUGUUGCUAUUGAUCAUAGAGUUAAUGAAUUGCAUGCUAUCAUAAACAACCACGAAUCUCUUGAUGGGGCUUGCAUUGUUGGAAUUGUUGGUAUGACUGGAAUUGGCAAACCAACAAUAGCUAAGAGGUACUUCAAUUUGCAUCGAUCGUCAUUCAGGUCUUCGUGCUUUGUUGGGAAUAUUAAGCAAAUGACUGGUGAGGAGCUGCAAAAUACACAAAAACUGCUUCUAAAAGAACUGGCAUUGUAUAAUGCAGACCAUAUUAGUAGCACUGAUCAAGGAAUCAAACUUCUCAAGAAGCAUCUACAAGGACCAAAGUUCCUCUUGAUUCUCGAUGAUGUUGACGACCAUCUUCAAUUGAAAGCUCUUAUGGUGCAUGAAGUUCUAAGUCAUGAGAGUAUUAUUCUGGGAUUCAUGAACGUGGAGUAUCUCAGUCUGGUGGAAAGAAGGUCAAAUCCCUCUAAGAUGGCAAAACUGAACAUGGUCCCGUCAUCUAUCAUUUGGAAAGAAGACGGGAUGAGUCUUCUCAAAGCUUGGCCUGUGCAGUUCUUCACAAAGAUGAGUAAAUUGAAAUUGCUUUUCUUAGAAGAUACUUGUAUUGAAGGGGAAUUCAACAUAUUAUCAAAGGGAAUUAUAUGGCUACGUUGGCAAUUUUGCCCUUAUGUUACCCUUCCAAAGGGACUUCCCCUAUCCAAUUGCGAGUUCUCGAGUUAGAAGGAGGUCUAUUCUCUCAUUUGUGGGAUGACCAGAAGAAUUCAGAGGUCCCUGUCCAGUUAAGGCACCUUCAACUUCAAGGAUAUGAAAAUCUCAUUGCAAUUGCAACAUCAAUAGGAAAGCUAGUGCACUUAAAAACACUGGUUUUGAAAGACUGCAAAGCUGUAGUCACCCUUCCUGAUGAGAUAUGCAAUUUGCAAUCAUUGGUUCAUCUAAACAUGUCAGGGUGCAUCAAUCUUGAAAAUUUACCAUCAUUGUUUGAAAAUUUAAGGUAUCUGAGGAUUCCCAAUUUGUCAGGUUGUGAAAGAUUGGGAAGACUUCCUGAUUCUUUUGUUAAUCUUGCAAGCUUGGUAGACUUAAAUUUGAGCAAUUGUAGGCAACUUAUGACUCUUCCAUUUGGUCAUUUAGCUCAGCUAACAUAUCUGGAUAUCUCUGGGUGUCAACUUCUUGAUCUGCAGCAUCCAAUUUAUUCUCGAAGCUUAAUAUCCCUUAAUUUGUUGUCCUGUAUGAGCUUCAACCUUCUACCGUCCAUUGUUCAGCUACCUUAUUUAUGUGUUCUAAUGCUCUCAAGUAGGGACUUCAUCAAGCUACCUGAUAGGUUUGAGCAGUUAUCAUUUUUGCACCGGCUUGAUAUAAGAGGUCCUGAACUGGUGGAAUUGCCCUUCCUUUGGUGAUCCUUGUAAUUUACUUAUUUUGACCUUGGAUGGUUGCCCCAAUCUCAAGAACUUUGUUCCG